UGCUUCACAAUGCGCUUGCGAAGAAGCGUCGAGGAAUAUUUGAAGAAUUCUACGCUGCAUGGAGCGCGUUUUAUAGUGGAUGAAGAUGCCAGCUGGCUGGAGCGCAUUUUUUGGGUCGUUUGCCUGGCGGCCUCUUGGUAUGCUUCCUGGCUUCUCAUCAAAGCAUCGCUGGCUGCCUUUGAGAAUAAUGCCAUUAGCUUUGUGGUGGAGAGUUCCUAUCGCGAUUGGAAUACCAAUUUUCCGGCCAUUAUAGUUUGCGAAUCGAAGAACAUGGAUCGCAUACAGGAAGUAGCCGAACAACUCUGGGGUGUCGAUCACGACUUCACUUUGGAGGAGGUGCUCAGCGAGAUUGCCUUCUUUCGCGGCGAGUCCUAUCACACGGUGCACGAAUGCAGCGGCGAGGAGUCCACAGCUGCCUGUUUCUACUCCAAUUUCUCGUACUACGCCCAGCUGGUAAGAAGUAGCUGUGCGGACUCCAUACAGAGCUGUGAGUGGAAUAACACGCCCUUCGACUGCUGUACAUAUUUUCAACGCUUGGAAACGGAACUGGGCAUUUGCUAUGCCAUCAAUUCAAUGCAGGCGGGCAAGCUCAAGGGCCCAAAGCUCAAUAUGUACUCCAACCGUUAUACGGGCCCAGGGUCCUUGAAAAUGGAACUGCAUACAGAGGCAACGGUUUUUAUAUUAGGAACUGAGGAGGUGCCCACUUUGGUGACACCCAAAACAGAUUAUUUCGUCGUGGGUCCCUACAUAUCGUUUGUUCGCUAUGUGUCCAAGCGUGAUAUUGAGAACGAUGAGCAGAUCCGCCAGACGAGCGUCCAACAGCGCAACUGUCGCUUUCCGGAUGAGAAUAUUCUGGAUGUGCAUCGGUAUUACAGCUAUAGCGCCUGCACGGUGCAGUGCCGCAAGGAUAGGCAAAUGGAGUUGUGCAAUUGCUCCAGCCACUUGACACCCAACUCGCCCGAUUGGCAGCUGUGCAACAUGGAUGGUCUAGAGUGCCUGAAUCGCAACUACGAGGAUCUCUCGGUGAUCAUUGCCAAAUGGUCACGUCGCCGUGGCCGUAAGGGACUAGUCUGCGAUUGCCUGCCCUCCUGCACUGAGGUGGACAUCACCACCGUGUACGACAGCAAGGAUAAUAUAUAUGGAAACCAGAAUCCCGUGUCCAAAAUUGAAGUAGCCCUCAUUGAGCUACCCACAGAGCGCUACAAGCGCAACCUGGUGCGAGGCAAAUUGGAUCUGGUUGUGUCUAUCGGUGGCACAACGGGCCUCUUUGUGGGCGCCAGCUUGCUGAGCUUUGUGGAGAUUAUAUACUAUAUGACCAUACGACCCUAUACCAGCUACAUGCACGAGAAGCGACGCCAGAAGCGACUCAGCCAGCUGAAAAGUGAACACUAAAAUCGAUUGCUAAUUGGCUAACACUAGUUAGCACGUUUUUAGUUUUCCGGAGCAGGAAAGAAAGAAAAAUAUUCAACGGAUUUUAAAG